CUUGAGUCUAAUAAAAAAGUGGUGCCUGGGCUUUUUUUUUUUUCUAUUCGAUGAUUUUACUUUUGUUCCAAAAAAGGCUUUUGAUUCUGAGCAGUCACAACCAGUCAGCAAAAGCAUGAAAAUUUUCUUUUUGUAAUUCCUUACUUGAUUCUUUACAACAAUGGAGGCAAAGUUAGAAAGGAUCCGAAAGCAAGUCAAUUCGAAGCUAGAUAAUCAGAAACUGUAUGCUCAAACCUUGAUCGCUAUUGAAGAAACUAUUCAAGAGCAAAAUGAACAAUUGACGCCAACAGCUUAUUUCGGUGCUAUGAUGACUACUUUGCAGUCUUCACAGGGAUCAGCAGAAUUAGUUGGAGCUCUUGUUUAUCUGUUGGAUGAAGUAUUUCCAUACCUUCCACACUCUGUACUCCGAUCAAAGUUUAGCGAUGUUCUUUCAGUUCUUGAAAAGAUCUAUGAAGAACAUAAAGAGGAACAACCCGUUGUACGUUCAGUUAUUGGCUGUCUUCAAGAACUCUUGGCCGCUCAAGAUGGACCCAAUUGGUCAACACCUUUAGUCAAGAAGGCUUAUCAACAAAUUUUGAUCUUGAGCGCCAACGCUUCUCCAAAAGCACGAAAGAGAGCACAGGAUGCUGUUCGUAUCAUCUUGUCUAGACCACCACCACCUACUGCCAUUCAUCCAGCUGCUGAUAUGACUGCAGACUUUAUUCUUCGGGUAUUGCAUGAAGCUACAAAAUCAGAUCAGCAUGCUGCUCAGCAAAUGCUUGCUUUGUUACAAACCAUUGUACCCUAUUGGCCACCUCAUAAAUUCUCUGCUUUAUGUCAAUCACUCUUGCAACUUCCCAAAUUCAACAACGUUUUCCUGACAAAGGCCGCAUUUGAUGUAUUUGAAGCUUUAUUUGAUGCGCAAGAAACAGAUAUGGAUAACGAUAAAUUUGUUGGUUUGCUAGGUGCUAUUUGUGAAUUGAAACCAGCUGCUGUGGAUGAACGACUUUUGCCUGCUUGGUUAUUGAUCGUCGGAAAAGCAUUCCCUGUUUAUGCAAAGAUGAACCCUAAUCAGUGUGCAAAGGAUAUUCAUACCGUAUUUCGUUUGAUAUUUAACGAUUUCCAACAAGAUACAAGAUGUCAUCGUCAAAUUGCAAACUGUUUAAGCACUCUAGUUGAAUACUGCAUCAAUGAUCAUCUUAUUGAAGAAGCUAGCGCUGGAGAACACAACGGUUUGAUUGAAAUGAUUCAGCUACUUGAACAAGGGUUAGGCAUUCACUACCAAUCUGCCUGGGUUCAUGUCAUGACCGUCCAACAAGCCAUGUUCAACAAGUUGAAUCAUUAUGCUGCGCCUUUGAUGAAUACCGUUGUCAGCUUACUUGGUGAACUUCGUUUGACUCCCGCAGAAUCAUAUAAGGAACAGCUCGACAAGACACUUGGCGCCGCCAUUUCAACCAUGGGACCUGAGUUCUUCUUGAAGAUUCUUCCUCUCAAUCUCGAAAAUCCCAGCUCGACCGGUGUUGGACGUGCAUUCUUGCUUCCUCUCUUAAAGACAUACACCACCAAUACUACCUUGAGCUAUUUUGUCAAUGUGUUGAUUCCCUUGGGUGAUCGCUUAGCUCAAAAGGGAGAAGCUGCAGCAGCUCGUGAAUUGGAAAUGCAAGCAAAGGUAUAUGAAACCUUGGUUCAUCAAAUCUGGAGCUUGGCACCUGGUUUUUGUGAUCUUCCUACAGAUCUUACCCGCGCAUUCAAUGACUCUGUAGCUGAACGAUUCAGUACAUUGCUUUACAGCCAGCCAGAGUUGCGUCCUACGAUCGCACAGGCUCUUCAAUUCUUGGUCGAAAAGAAUCAAGCACUCGUAAAGUCGUCAGCUGACGAUGCUCACCUUGUUCGUGCCUAUGGACUUACAAAGGCUGAAGCCGCUCGCAAUUUGGAAUUUAUGGGCAAGUUUGCUGUCAACUAUUUGGCCGUCUUCUUCAACGUCUUUAGUCAGAUCGGCACCAUGUUCCGUGGAUUUAUGUCGGAUGUGAUCAAGGCUUACCUUACCAUCACUAGCCCCGAAGACAUCAACAGUACCUUCAAGAAGGUACUUGCCAUGCUUUCCCAAGCGCUAGAAUCUAACGAGUCUGCACCUACCAGCAAUGAUCCUUCUACUGCACCUCCCAUGUCACAUACUAUGUUGGAUCUCUCUAUUAUCAUGAUCCCUUUCUUGGAUGCAGAGUCAUGUGAAUUGCUAUACAACGGAACUAUUCAAUCUCUUUUGAACAAGGAAGAUGAGCCUACACUUCAAAAGAAAGGCUACAAGAUUCUCAAGCAUUUGAUGAGCCAUGCCAACGGCCAACAAGUGAUUGCUCAUCAUCUUCAAGAGCUUCAGCAGCGCCUGCUGGACGCCACUGCCACAUGCACAAUCUCCGCCAAGAAGGAUCGUAUCAAGGUCCUAAGCGGUGUUGUUUCCGCUUUACCCAACACAGACUAUCACUUCAUUCCUGCCAUUCUUUCCGAAGUUGUCCUUGCAUCCAAGGAUAACAACGAAAAGACACGUACAUUUGCCUUUGAUCUCUUGGUCAGCAUGGGUCAGAAGAUGAAGGAAGGGGGUGUUAUCAAAUCGAGUCAACUGGAAGGCUUUGAUGAAUCUGUACCUGAUACGCAAGCCACCAUCCAGGAGUAUUUUACCAUGUUAACUGCCGGUUUAGCUGGUACAACUGCCCACAUGAUCAGUGCCACUAUUGGUGCGCUCUCUCGUGUCUUUUUCGAAUUUAGAGAUGAUAUACCCGCCGAAUUGACAUACGAACUGCUUCAGACGGUUAAUGUGCUCGUUGCUUCCAACAACCGUGAGAUUGUCAAGGGUGCAAUCGGCUAUGUCAAGGUCUGUAUUGUGGUACUCGAGUCUGGACUGAUACAACCUCAGCUUAGCAGUAUCAUCCACUCACUGCUCAAAUGCUUGCACCAGCACAAGGCCCAUUUCAAGGUCAAGGUGCGCCAUCUGUUCGAGCGACUGAUCAGGAAGUUUGGAUUCGAGGCUGUGUCUCAGUUGAUGCCUGAGGACGACCGAAAGAUGAUCAACAACAUUCAGAAACGACGAUUGAGAGCCAAGAGAAAGAAGAGUGCUGCUCAUGAUCAAGCAGAUACUGAUGAGGAAGAAGAUGAGGGGUCUGCUCGUGCAACUGCCAAGACAAGCGCCUUCCAAGAUGCAUAUGAAGAAGUACUUUAUGGAUCUGAUAGUGAAAUUGAUGAUGAUUCAGAUGAUGAAACAGUUCAAAAAGUCAAGGCAGCUGUAGAAACACUAAAGCAGCAAAAGAAAAAGAAGAAUAAGCAGCUGCAACAGCAAGCCUUUAUCCGCGAAGAUGAAGAUAGUCCUCUUGAUUUCCUCGAUCGCUCUGCUUUAGGACACAUCUCUUCUUCCAAGCCAGUGCAACGAAAGAAGAAGAAUAUAGCCAGUGCAUUUAAUGAAAAUGAAGAUGGACGUCUUAUCAUCAGUGAACCUACUGCAAAUGCACAAAAUACGGGCAAUGAUGACGAAGACACAGAAGAUUAUUACAUGCAGCAUGUCACCAAUCCCGAUGGUUUCGUUCGUGAUAAACGAAACAGAAUCAAGUUCAAGAAGGGCAAGGAUGCUCAAGAGGAUGCUAUGGAGUUGGAUGAUGAUGAAGAAUCAGGUGCUUCUAAAAAGAAGAAGCCUUCCCAGAAAUAUGAAAAGAUUGGUAAAGAAUUUAGAUCAAAGAAAGCUGGCGGUGAUGUCAAACGCAAAGGACAGAUGGAUCCUUAUGCUUAUAUGCCAUUAACCAAGGUGAUCAAGAAGAGAGGUAGACAUGAUCAGAAAGUCACUUUUACUGGUCGUGUGAAGAAAUAAAUAAAAGCCAUUUAGAUGUAAAUAUUUUAAAAAUAAAGCGUAUACACCUUUUUUAUUU